AUGGCAUCAAUAGUUGGAAAUAUUUCGAAUUCAAAUGAAAUAAUUCCGCGUUCAUCAAGUGUUGAUUCAGCAAUAUUUGAUGGUGGAGAAGAUUCACCAGAUGAAAUCUUUGACGGUGAAGAAGAAAGUUUUGAUGAACUUAAUGAAGAUAAUCAACAGAAUGGACGAUGCAAAGCUCUUGUACCACGUUUAAUUCGUUAUGGUUCGAAACGUGUAGCAAUAAUUCAGUUUUCACCUAAAGUCGUUUAUGGUCGAUGUCCAGAAGCAAGAAAAAUUGGAGAAAAACAUUCUUUAUCAUUUAAAUUUGUUAAAAAUGAAACUAAACUAAUAAGAAAUAUUCUUGAAGGACAUGGUUUUCGUGAAGUUCAUCCAUCAAGUUCAGAAUUUAACAUAAUGUGGACUGGUGGCGGAAUGAAACCUUUUACUUUAAGAUCACUUAAUCCAUUUCAACGUGUUAAUCAUUUUCCAAGAUCAUAUGAAAUGACACGAAAAGAUCGUCUUUAUAAAAAUGUUCAAAAAAUGCAACAAGAGAAAGGAAUUAAAAAUUUUAAUUUCAUUCCAACUACAUUCCUUUUGCCUUAUGAAUUUGAAGAUUUUUCAGCUGCUUUUCAACGUGAAAAAGGAAUUUGGAUAAUUAAACCAGUUGCUUCAUCACAAGGCAAAGGCAUUUUUUUAAUUAAUCAUCCCGAUCAAGUUCCAUUGGAUGAAAAUCUUGUUAUUAGUCGAUAUAUUGAUAAUCCACUUCUUAUUGAUGGAUACAAAUUUGACGUUAGAAUUUAUGUUGCAGUUACUUCUUAUGAUCCGCUUGUUGCUUAUCUUUACGAAGAAGGAUUAACGAGAUUUGCAACAGUAAAAUAUGACCCAAAUAGUCGAAGUAUAAAAAAUGCUUUUAUGCAUUUAACUAAUUAUAGUGUUAACAAACGAAGUCAUCGAUAUGUUAGAUGUGAUGAUCCUGAUAUUGAAGAUUUUGGAAAUAAAUGGUCUAUGUCAGCAAUGUUACGUUUAUUAAAAGCUGAAGGAAAAGAUACAUUUAGUUUAAUGAUGGCUAUUGAAGAUGUUGUCAUUAAAACAUUACUUUCAGUUGAAUCUCAAAUAUCAGCUGCUUCUAGAAUGUUUGUUCCAACGAGAGGAAAUUGUUUCGAAGUUUAUGGUUUUGAUAUAUUAAUUGACGAUGAAUUAAAACCUUGGGUACUUGAAGUUAAUUUAUCUCCAUCAUUGGGUUGCGAUGCUCCAAUUGAUUUAAAAAUUAAAACUCAUAUGAUUUGUGAUCUUCUUAAUUUAACAUCAAUGCCUUGUACAGAUCCAGCUAUUUAUUCCAACAAACAAAGACAACAAAAAAAUGAAUCUGUUUCUCAAUCUGAUCAACUAAAACGGCGUCGUCCAAUCUCAGCUGGUUAUUCGUUAACGUCAUCGUUAACAAGCCAAAAUAGUAAUUCUCGUCUUGUACGUGCAACAACAGCUAAUCGUCCAACUCGUUAUGGGCACAAUAAUAAUCAUAAUCAUAAUCAUAAUAAUAAUCAGACAAACGAAAUGAUUCGUAGUGAAUAUUUUGGUUUAUCUUCUGAAGAAAUUCGAAUAUUAAGAACAAUAAAAGAAGAAAAUCGUCAACGUGGUGGUUUUGUUCGAAUAUUUCCAACAAGUGAUACAUAUGAAUUUUUCUCAUCAUUUUUUGAACAACGAACAACAUCUUUUAAUCAAAUGAUUCAUCAACGUAUUUAUCCAACACGAUGGACGCCAAAUGCAUUAAAUUCUCAACAAAAUGGUGGACAAAUUCGUCGUACAACAGUUCCACGUGCAAAACAUCUUUCGUCAGCAUUUAAUUAUGGUCAUCCAUCAGAUAAAGAUUUAACACCAAAAAUAAAUGGCUGUGAUCUUGAUGAAGCUCUUGAAAGAUAUCGAAUUUAUGAAAGAAGAUUAAUUGAUAUUAUUCCUCCUCCUCCAACGGCUACAACAAUAACAACAACAUCAAUAGCAACAACAACAACCAAUUUAAUGGAUCCGUCAAAAACUAAUGAAAAAUCUUCAAAAUCACAAAUAGUUGUUGAAACUAUUGAACAAAAUCCAUCUCAAACAAUAAAUAUUCAUCGAGCAGCAUCAGCACCCAUUCAUAAUUUAAUAUCAAAGCAGCAACAGAAUAAAAAUGAUUCAACAUCAAAACGUUUAGCAACAGUUGCACAAUUAGUAAAACAACAACAAUUAAAUGUAAAUCCAGCACCUGGAGAAGGAAGACAUUCAACUUAUGCAAAAAAUGAUAUUCUUCAAAUGCUUAAUCAAGGUUUAACAUUGAGUCCACUUCAAGCACGUACAGCAUUUGGAACAUAUUUACAACGAAUUCAAUUUCGUUUAAUGCUUGAUUCCGAAUUAAAAGAAGAUGUUACAUCAACACAACACAUGGAAUUAGUUAUAAGGUUUUUAAAGAGAGCUGGACAAAAUCUUUCACCACCAUUUCGUGUUGAGAUUCCAUCACGUCGUCUUUCACAAGCUGAUCAAAAAAGAAUUUUAGCAAAAGAAUUAUGUGAUUUUCUUCAUUUAUAUAAUAAAGAGACUGUUUCACAAUAUCAAAAUCAAAUAUUUUCAACAACUGAAAUUGAUAAUCGUUUAUUUGAAAAUUUUCUUCGUUCUGCUUCUGAAGCUGAUCUUGAACAAAUGAUGACAACUUAUAUGAAAAAUAACAAAAAUUCAGCUAUUCAUUUAGGUGUUAAUCCAAAAAUUGUUAAAUUAAAUUCAACAAAUCAAAAUCAAAAUCAAAAUCAACAGGGUUCAGAUGUUGGAGCUGAUCAACAAGCUCAAACGAUUUUACCAAAACAAUCUAUUGAGGAUAAAACAAUAACAUUUAUUCAAACAAUUUCAUCAAAUGAACAAUCAAAUCAAAAAUGGGCUACAAUAUCUCCACAAAACCAUUCACAAAAACGUUUAUUAAGAGCCUCGAGUGCAUCAAGACAAAGAAAUAAUAAUAAAAGACAAGAUGAAAUUUAUAAACUUUAUGGAGUUACAAGACCUCUAUCAGCUGUUGUUCAACAUAGAAAACGUAGGUUUUAA